AAGCAGCAAAGCAAAGCAAAGGUCGCUCUUUUACUUUGCUCUCUUUCACGACCAAAGUUGGUCACUAUCACACUCUCCAAAUCUCUCUUAACGAGCAAACGACGAUCAUUUUCUUCGUGGGGGCAUUUGUGAUCUUUGCGUGUGGGGAGUGUCCAAAUCCCCCCAGGCAGCAAGAGAGUAGCAACUCCUCUGUCCGGUCAGGCUGGAAAGCGCGCGUCCAGAAAUUGGAUUGCUUUCUUUCUUCUGAGCGCCGAGACCCCUCUCUCUCUCUCUCUUUUCUUCCCUCUUUUCUCUCUUGCAGCUUUUUGUUUCGUGGGCAUUCGCUGGAGCGCGCAGGACACAUUCUUGCCGGGCUGGGCCGAUCGAGCAAGCAAUUGGGUCACUGGAUUUGUCGUGCUGCUCUACUGGGUGGGAUUUGCGAGCCAGAGAGUAAAAAGGAUUGGUUUCUCAUGCCUAGGGGGAGAUGAUCAUAUCUGAUCAACCAAAGUCAAGGAUAAGUGGACAGCGACUGGCCAGGAUGAGAGAAGAGCCGAGAGGAGAAAAGAGAGACCUUUCUCCAUCUUUCUUUCCCCUUUGUGUGGUAGUGGCUUAGCUCCUCUAGCUAGCGCUGGAUAAUUCCAAUCCAGAUAGAUGGUUGGAAUUGGAUCUGAGGAGCUCUUGAUCUUGUCGCUCGCCAAGAGAUGAGGAGCGCUACUGGUGAAUGGAGAUCCGCGAGGUUCCAGAGGUGUCACCUCCAAACGGCGGUGCCAAGUCUUAUAGCCAUCGCUCGCAUUCUUCGUCCUCUCGAGGUUCUAUCAAAGGCGCUGUUGGAGCGAGAAAGAUCAAAAACUCGGGUAGCGAGGAACAAAAGGCUCCGGAGCAGCAGCCCCGCAUCUCUCCGGAGCGACCACCUCGCCCAUUUCUCAAGACCAGCUUCGGCCAGAGGCUAAGUGCUCAAUGCGGCUCAGUUUUCUUCGAUACUACAAGUUAUUCCCAUCAAGCUCCACUGGCUAGUACGACCAGGAAUCACAACGAUCAUGGGGGCCAACCUUUAGUGGAAGGAUCAUCGCUAGGAACAGGAGGAGAUAGGACCAAGUUGCGAUCAACUGGAAACAGUCACAGUGCCAGCGGUCGCGGGAGCUCGGGGCUCUCGGAAGCGGACGUCAGAGGCAUGGCUCUGGUUGCAACUGCUACUCCCGAGGUUCCAGCGUUUCGUCCCGGAUCAAACUCACAACAACAACAACAAGCGCUGAAGUUAUGGGGUGGUGCGAUUCCAAAGCAGCGAGCCAUAGCCAUGGUUGGACAGCUCGCUACUUCGUCGAGGGUUAGCACUGAUACUUUCAGCUUCGGUGGUGGUGUACGUGAUCGCUCUUCCAAGAGAGAUGGUUCUCCUCUGGGACGAACAGCAUCGACUAGUCCAGCGCCUCCAGUGCAGCCUCCAGUGCAGGAGCAGGAAAAUGAAAAGGAGACAAAGGUGGUGAACAAAGACGCGGGUUUGCAGCUGGUUCCACCAAAGCUGGAAUUUUGCGACGAGGAAAAGAACAAGCCCCAAGCUGUAAGAUCGUCCUCCGAGCUAGAGCUGGAAGAGGCUCGUAAGGAGAUGAUGCUGAUGGCCAGUGGCUCAGGAGCUGCAUUGAGCGGACGACACUCGCAGACGAGCUUGAACUUGGCGCACGUAAAGACCGAAGUCGACGAUCAAACGAUGAUCCUCUCGGGAGCUAAGCCAGGCAGGGAGAGCAGUAGCUUGCCAAGGUGUAGCACAGAUAUCCUCCAGCCAGCUCCACUCUCCACUGCCGCAGACUCGGAAGCUCCAAAUCUCAGCGAGCUUGGAGCUGCUCAAGCAGCCAAGGCUCGGCCAUCUUUCAAAAACGACUGUGGCUUCCUCAAGCUUCUUCCUUCCAAGCGGAAGUUCGAAGUGGAGCACGACCAGGCAUCUCCACUCCAGAAAACAGCGAGCUAUGUGCUGGCCGAUAGCGAGAACGCCGGAUUGAGGUUGAGUUCCAACAGCAGCUCUGGCAUCCCGCCGAUCCGGAAGAGUCUUCUCGUCCAUCUCGCUGAUAAGCCAAAGCAAGUGGCAAACGAGGUGACCAGGAAUCUUUCGAACUCCAAGGAGAGAUGCUCGGACCAGUUUGCCGCUGCUGCUAGUGCACAAAAACCAGUCGUCGGCUCCUUCAUGAAGUGGAUGAUCGACGUCGGCAAAGGCCUGGCGAAGAAGAGAUGCUUUGGCUCCGAGGCAACAGCCGCUCCAUCCACCGAGCUCGGAUCUCCAGUGGGAGGACUUUGCUCCAGUGUAGACUUGCGGCUGGAAUCGUCCUCCAAGGCCAAGGACCACGAUCUCGUGCUCUCGCCACCUUUGAUGAAGCGUUUCCCCGACGAGCAUGCGGUGUCUCCCCAGAGCAUGGAUUGCACAGACGAUGGUGCGCAUCACAAGGAAGCAUCGGAGAUGCAAACUUCUGGUGACGAGCAGCAGCAGCGAGUGCAGCAGCGGCAGCGGCAGGAGCAGCAAGAUGGAGGAGAGCACGAAAAGAGCGAGAGGCGACGAGAUUUCUCCUCGCGGGAGGAGCCUCAAGCAUCGGGUGAUGGUAACGAAGGCGGUGGUAACAGUACCAAUGCGACGGAAGGCACCACGCGCUCUAGUGGCCCUCCCGAGCAGCUAAAAGACGGCAAAAGAACCAAAGAGCAUGCGUCCAAAUCUCUGGCACAGCAACAGCAUCAACUUCUCAAACAAGAUCAAGAUCAAGACCAAGCUCAAGCUCCAGCUCAAGCUCAAGCUCAAGAUCUCCUGGAAGAUCGCGCUCAUGCUUCCCAGGAGGAGCAGCAUCUCAAGCAAGAGCAGCAAGACGCUUCCAAGUCCAAGUCUGGUGGUGGCGAGGAGGCAUCCUUUGGUAUGUGGCAAGCCGCUUCGUGUCUCAUACCAUCUCAGGGGCAGCAAGAGAAGAGUUCCAAGCUCCAAAGAUCAUCCACAGGUAACCGUAGCAAGGCUCGCAACUUAGCAGCAGCUUUGGAUGGAUCGGGUGAUCCCGAGUGCUCGCAAGGCAUGGCCGAGUUCGUAGCGAGCAUGGCGACGGUCAAGAACUGGGUGAACGCGAGCUUCAAGCCCAAGGACAAGGCGGCCAUCUCGAGCGCGUCGAGGUCAUGCAGCUUUUGCGGACUCAAGGGCCAUUCGGUCAUGGAUUGCUCCGAGACGCUCGAGUGCGAACUUAAAGAGCUGGAGAGGCGAGCGCUCGUUCUCGAGGACAUGAGUAGCGAGGUCCUCGACUUCCCUUGCUUGAGGUGCUUGGGGAUGGGACACUUGGGAGCUCAGUGUCGAUUCUCGGUCACCGAGGCGGCGUCUCGAGCUCGAGAGAACAGUGAGAUGAGGAACUGGAGAUUCAUGAGGAGGAACUCUAGCAACGUCGUCAACACCACCAUCGUCGUCAAGCCGUCCGUGACCAGCGUAACAGUACCUGCGAAUCCAAGUCUUGUGCUCGUGGAUCACGCAAAAGCUAGUCCCGCUGCCAGCAUUCCUCCGGUUGUAUGGACUCAAAGCACCAACCUCGUUCCACAAUCGGGUAACUUGUCUAUAGCUCCGCUUCACGAGCCCGAUCACAAGGUUGCGAGAGCCAAAGAUCAAAGAAAGAACGAGGAGAGUCCCAAGGACAACACUCACAAGAAAGUUGGCCUCCAAAGGACUGGAACUCCGGCUAAGAAAGCGGCAGCUCCGCAAACCAGUGAAACACUUCCCAGCGUUCCCAAAGACAUGCUUGCUGCUAUCGAGUCCGUGAGGCUGUCAAGGUCCGAGCUAUGGAGAUGGAUGGAUUCUCCAGACUUCAACACAAAUGUGCGAGGCUUCUUCUUGCGGCUAAGGUUUGGAAGAUGGGAGAAAGAUCUUGGUGGAACCGGCUACAGGAUGGCACGAAUACGAGGAGCCAUCCGGAAGCUAGGUGGUGACGACAAGAACAUGUCCGUCUCCGUGGAUCUUGGAGACAUGGAGUGCACAGUGGACAGUCAGUACGUCUCGAAUCACUCCUUCACAGAGGCGGAGCUUGUGGAAUGGUGGAGGGGACGAUGGAAGGCUGGCAAGCGACUCAUCCCCGAGGCCGAGCUACAGGCGAAGCUCGCGCAGCGUCACAACUGGUAGGAUUUUGUAUAGCGCUUAUAUAAAUCUUCCAAAGGAUCGAGUUUAGUCUAGAUUUUGGAACAA